AUGUCCACCCCACCCCAUCCACCGCUCCGCGUCGAGCGGCGUGGAAACGCCCAGUUCAUCGUCCUCGACCGUCCGAGAGCGCGUAACGCGUUAACGUCGGACGUCAUCGAGCGUUUACACCGCGCGUACGCCGCGGGCGAGGACAAUGCGACGCUCUGCGCGCACGUCAUACUCGGCGCGAACUCUGGAACGUUCUGCGCCGGAGGGGACGUGCGCGCGGUUCGCGAAAUGGUGCUGAAGAACGAGCGGGACGCGGCGGUGGGCUUUUUCUCGAGAGAGUUCGCGCUGAACGCGCGCUUGGCGACGCUGACAAAGCCGUCGGCGUGCGUGUGGAACGGAAGCGUCAUGGGCGGUGGGGCGGGAUUGAGCUGUUACGCCCCGGUGCGGGUGUCGACGGAGAAGACGGUUUUUGCGAUGCCGGAGUGCGCGAUCGGGCUUUGGCCCGACGUGGGGGCGUCGUGGUUUUUGAGAAGGUUGUGCGGCGGCGCGACCGGGACGUGGUUGGCGCUCACGGGCGCGCGUGUUCGUGGAAAAGCGUGCAAGGCUUUAGGAUUAUCCACGCAUCACGUCACGUGCGAGUCAUGGGAUGCGGUGUGCGAACCGAUGGUUCGAGCGCUCACGGUUGGGGCGAGCGCGGAGGAUUUAGCGGCGUGCGCGGCGGCGGGCGAGACCUCGGCGGACGCGGCGGAAGACGGGUGCGACGAGUACGCGACGACGGCGCGUGGGAAGCGCGCGAUCGAGGAGGUUUUCGGAGAUGAAUCUCUAUCGUUGAGCGGGAUCACGAGCGAAAUCGCUCGCAGGCGCGACGCGGCAACGGACGACGUAGAACGACGAUUCUUCGCCGAAUCCGCCGAGUCGCUCGCAAAGGCGUGCCCGACGAGCCUCGAGGUCACGCUCGAGCUCAUGCGUCGCGCGCGAGGGAAAAGUUUGGAGUGGAGCUUGGCGACGGACAACGCGUUGAUCUCGCAGUUCAUCUUCGCCGACGAUUUCAAGCGCGGCGUCGACGCGGUGCUCAUCACAAAAGUCGGCGUCCCGCCGCCCGAGGGAUGGGCGCCGACGCGUUCGCCCGCUUCCUUCUUCUCUCGCUUGUAA